UCACAAGAUAUAACCUCAAUUUCUCGUAACCGACAAGUAAUUGUCAUGGUUAGGGGUCAUGGUAGGGGAAUACUACCGAAACUUUAUCGGAAUUAUGUAGUUGUGUACGUAUAGUCGUGUAUAUACUGAAUUAUUUGGCGAAUAUUGCUAGUCAACGAUUUGUAACAGAGAGAUACAUCGUAUUGUAAAGAAAUAAACGAUUUAUUGCGAAAAUAUUUACAUUGACCUUGGUGUAACUUUCUAUCUCAUAUUUUGAUAUAGUAAUUGCAAUCAUGUCAAACACAAAGGAGUUGACAGAACUACAAGUAUUCAAGACAGUUUUAUAUCAUUGUGUGAUAAUAAUUGCAUUACCUGUUAUAUCAUUCUUUACAAGCAAGAUCUUCUUCUUCGAUGGUAUAUUGGGACUCAACAAUGUACCAAGCAAUGUGUACUCUGCCGGUGUUGCAGUUAUAGUGUUACACAUUGCUUUAGGAGCUUUUAUAUACAGAGCGUACUUUGAUGAUCGGUCCAGGACAUCAGUUAAGAGAGAUUAAUUCUUUAUUAAGUACACCUUGGUGAUCAUUUAUGACAUAAUCACAGUCAAUACAUUUAUUUUCGACAUUGUUCAUCAGAAACUUCAAGAGUCGCUGUAUAUAAACAGCAUUUAUUGAUAUAUUUUGCCUUAUUUUUACUUUAGCCAAGAAGUCAGAUAACAGCUAGUUGCAAUUUCACAAAAGUAACAGAUACAACAUGGUUUAUGCUAUACAAUUAUGUGGAAAAUAAUUAUCAAAGUAACUUAUUAAAAUAACUCACAUUCCAAAAUUUAUUCAAGCAUGUGAAGUUUGCAAUAUAUACUUCAGUAUGCCAUUUGAUGUUUGUGUAAUUGUACUACAAUUUCCAUAUAACAGAAAUACAAUAAAGUAGUGCAGUGCACUUACUAAAUAUGGUAUUUUUCUACCAAAAGCACAGAUUAUUAUGGUCCAUCUAUCUUUGUGCACAAUAAAUGACAAAAUAAUUGGGGCAAUGUAAAAUUUUUACAAUAUAAAUUCAUAGGUUGAUAAGAUUGGUAUGAUUUAUGAGGAUAAGAUAGGUGUCCAUAUUUCACCUUCCAACAGUUUUUAUUUUGGAAAUUAUUGUUCAAGUUUAUAUUUAUAAAAAGCAAGUUUUAAAAUGUUUAUCAUAUUUGUCCAAAACAUAAGCAUAUAGCUUUGACACAUUAAGUUAUACUAUUCUAAAAUUCUUCAUAUAAGAAAUUCACGUUUAACUUUAAAAUAAUAUAACUUCGUAUAUUAUGCCAAUCUAUAUGCAACAUACUUGAACAAAAAAUCUAAAUCUAAACAAGAAAAUAUAGUAUAAAUAUAACAUAGAUUAAUGAGAAAUGUUUAAUAAAUGGGAAUAUUAAACAGCUAUAUAAAGGAAAAGAAAAACAUUAACUAGGCAAUAUAUAUUAUUUUUAAAUUCAUUUUUUUUAUAACCGUUUAUCUCUUUUUAAAUUGACAAGAACUUAAAUAUCUGACACUGGAAGCUAUUAAUUAGUAUUUAAUUCCAAAACAUCGAUGAAAAAUACAUCUAUUGGAUAAAUGUCGGGUCUCUAGCAGAAAUGUCUUAAAAAUAAAUAUAAUGGUCUGUACGCUGUAAAUUUAUCUUGGGAUAUACAGAAUUGCAAAAUGCGCUAGAAUAAUUUGUAUAUUUAUGUAGAAUUUAAAAUAAAAAAAGAAAAAAGACUUAUGUUGGAAAUUUUUAUCGCUCAAUAAAAUAAAGUGUCUAAACCAUC